AUGCCACCUAGAGAACAUGAUCACUUAGGAUAUGCUACAUUAAAAAUACCUCUUUGGCAACAAUAUUCAGCUUUAUCUUAUCAACAUCCAGUUCGUUUUAUGGGAUCAUGUGCACAACUUUUUCUAUAUUAUGUAGGCUAUGGUUAUUUACAAGAACUAAUAUUUACGCUAGAAGGUUUCAAUACAACAGCAUGGUUUUUAACAUGUUAUCAAUUUCUUAUUUAUGCUCUUCUUGCAUUUCUUCAAAUUGGUUAUGCUGGAUUAAAUCAACGGAGAACAACCUAUCGAUCUUAUAUAAUUCUUGCUGCACUUACUGUAGGUACUAUGGGUUUAUCUAAUUAUUCAGUUGGUUAUCUAAAUUAUCCUACACAAGUGAUGUUUAAAUGUUGUAAACUAAUACCCGUACUUAUUGGUGGUAUUAUCAUUCAAAAAAAAACAUUUAAUCGUUAUGAUGUUGCUGCUGCUAUUUGUAUGUCAACUGGACUAAUAUUUUUUACAUUGGCAGACUCCAAAGUUCGACCUAAUUUCAAUACAUAUGGCGUAUUUAUUGUUUGUAUGGCUCUUGUUGCAGAUGCUGUUAUUGGUAAUUAUCAAGAAAAAAUUAUGAAACUACACCAUAUUCCUAAUGUUGAAAUGGUAUUUUAUAGUUUUAUGUUUGGUUUUCUUAUGAUUUUAUUUGGUAUUUUAAUGACAAAUAAUUUAUUUCCCAGCAUUAUAAUUUGGAAUCAGCAUCCUCUCCGAACUUAUGGUUAUGGUUUUCUUUUCUCUGUUUUUGGUUAUUUGGGCAUUGAUAUUGUCUUAACAUUAAUCAAAGAAUAUGGUGCAUUGAUCUGUGUUACAGUGACAACAUGUCGAAAAGCAAUUACAAUUGUAUUAUCAUUUAUACUUUUCUCAAAACCAUUUAUUUUUGAUUAUGUUUGGUCUGGUUUAAUUGUUGUUUUUGGCAUUUAUCUUAAUAUUUAUAGUCGAAAUCAAGCAGCAUUUAAUGAUAAAAUAGCAUAUUUUGUUAAGAUUUUCUUUGGCUCACAUUUGGCGUCCAAAAUAUCAACAUCAACUACACCUCGAAUACUACCCAUUUAA